AUCGCAUCGGAUGCUACCUUAAGUACUUCCGCCGCGUUCCCCCCGAUUUUCUGCGGCGUUGUUGGCGAUGGUCACCCGUUGAAUGGCCUUCGCACCUUCCCUCCAAACAUUAACACCAGUUCCCAGUACACUGGCCCCCGUGCCCCUUGUCGACCAUGGCGUACCCGUACAUCGACACGCCGCGCACCGAAAUCGACGGAAACGCGACUUACCUGACCGGCUAUCGCAGCGUCGGACGGCCCAACUUGACGGCCCUCGACUCGGUGGAAAAUUCCUUUGCUACGCCAUCUAAGGAUGAUGACGUUCUCAAGGGGUUUGGUGAGGGUCGAAGGCGUACUUCUGGCAGUUUCAAGAUCAACACCCCCCGUGCCGGCUCCGGUCCCAAAUCGACGAGGAGCGCGUUAAAUAGUCGACAUCAGCUUCCCACUGCACCACUUGCAAAGGGCGAAUUCACACCGCUCAUGAGAAGUGCAACGAAAAAUAAUUUCCUCAAAAACAUGUCUACAACGCGCGGACCGAAGACCCCGGGAUAUAUAGGAAGGAGCUAUUUGAGCAAUGGCAACACGCCUGGCUUGCCUGGCAUGGAAAUGACCGAUAUCGAUGAGGAGGACGCAACAGAUGAUCAGACUACCCCUGUCCCGCAGGUUGCAAGCAGCAGUGUGCAGAGCACACCUCUUCCAGGGUUGUCCAGGAAUGGUGGCGUCCUCAACGAGGGCAAUAAUAUGACUCUGAAGGAACAAGAGAAGAUGAUCGAUCAAUUGGACAAGGAUAACUUCGGUCUAAAAUUGAAGAUUCACUUCUUACAGGAGCAACUAGAGAAAGCCGGCCCCGCCUAUAAUCAAGCAGCGCUUAAGGAAAACACGGAGCUAAAGGUCUCGAAAUUAACGAUGCAACGCGAUAUCUCACGCUAUAAAAAGAACCUGCAACAAGCCGAACGCGACCUCGAAUCAUAUCGCAUACAAUUUCAAGAGCUCAGGGAGAAAGCGCGGGGAAGACCUACGGACGAUACGAUACAGCGGGAGAUGGACUUGAUGCGGGAGGAAAUAGAAGCGAGAGACAAUCAGGUCAGGGAGCUCCAGGAGGAAUUGAGAGAUGCCAGGGAUAGCCAGUCUCAAGAGAUUGAGAAACUUCGAGACGAAAUUGAGGACCUCGAGGCAUCUGUGAGGGAGCGCGAUCGGGCCCUCGAGGAACGCGACGAGGAGAUCGAGGAGCUGAAGGACAGGGACGGCAAAGAACGCGAUGCACUCACUGAGCUGGAAUCAGAAUUGCAACGUGCGAAGGAACAAAUGGACGAGCUACAAGAGUCGCUUGACCAGGCCAAGUCGGAGGCACGAGAAGCGAGGGAUGCCGCAGGCCAAGCUGUGAUGGAGAAAGAUCAGGCUCAAAAAGAUCUCCAGGAGUUGCAUGACGAGAUGGCGAACAAGUCCAUCAGUACAAGUGGGCUGACUCGUCAGCUAGAGGAAAAGGCUAUGAAGUUAGAGGAGGAACUUCAUGAACUCCAGCAAGAGAACAACACGCUGAAGAAGAAUCUCGAGGCCCGGUCCCGCGACGAAACCCGGCUGGACGAGCAAUACCAGGAAGCUCAGCGGAAAAUGGAAGAGGCGGAGCGAAGGCUUCUAGACGAUGUUGCGCAGGCAAGGCGCGAACGUGACUUAGCUCGACAGGAAUGUGACAAGACAUCCGCCCAGUUACAGGAGGCUCUUGAUGAAGUCCAACGCAAAGCCGAUGAGAAAGAACUUCUGCAAACCCGACACCAUGCAUUGACGGAUGAGUCUGGUGGCCUGCAGCACGAGUUGGCCAGAGCCCAGGCUAAGAUAAAGGACCUACAGCAGACAGUCGAGGAAGAGAAGCACCAUGCACUAGAUAGUGCGAAUACUGUUCGUACUCACUAUAAGGAAGAGCUUGAGAGACUGCAGGAAGAGAUCGAGUCUCUCCAUCACGAAAUUGAAGAUAAGGAGGGUCAAUUCGCUCUCGAGCAAGACAGGUGGGAGAGCACCCGACGCACCUUGCAACUCCAGAAGGACAGAGCGGAAGACCAGGCAGCUGGGUUCAAGCGCACCAUUGAGAAACUUGAACAAGUAGAGCAUACUCUGUCAGGAAAGGAAAUGAAACUGCAAGAGGUCAUCGAUAGCGAAAAAUCACGACACUUCAACUCGGAGGCUGUUCUGAGCCGACAGGUCAAAGAAUUGAACGAUGAUCUGACAUCGAAGCGAGAGAUAAUUGAUGAGCAGCGUAACGAGGUUCUUUCCCUUAAAGAAGAAUUGAGGCUUGUCAGACGCUCCGAGGCGGCUCUCAGGGAGAAGAUGCAGGCUCUGGAGGACGAGGUUGUCGUCUUACAGUCGAGCUUGGAGGAAGAACAGGAGUACACCAAGGGUCGAUCGCAAAAAGGAUCCACCGAACACGAUGGUCAAAUUCAGAAGCUUAUCACGGAGAAGCAGAGACUUCGUGACCAGCUUGCCAAUGCACACGUUGAAUUGCACGAUCUACGGACGUCUGCUGCUGAAAUUGAGGCCGAACGCGAUGAGCUUCAGGCCCAACUCGAUCAAGUGCAAAACCAAGUUGACGAUACCACACGGUUCGACAAGGAGAAAGUUGAGCUCCGGAAAUCCACAUUGCGGCUCGAAGGUGAGCUCAGGCGGCUUAAGGAAGACAAAUCGUCCUUGUUGGAAGCAAAGGAGACUCUUGAAAAGCAACUCAGCACUGAAAUUGAGCGGGCUACCCUGGAAGAGAACCGCCUAUCGGCUGAAAUCGACCAGCUUCAAGAUAAAAUGCACAUGUCUUCAGGUGGAAGGGAUCGCGAGCUGGCAUUGUCAAAGAGCAAGAUCCAACGACUUGAAAGACGCAUACAGGAGCUCGAAACCCUUUUACACCAGCAGCCGCAUACUGAUAACGAGCACUCGACCGCGAACGCAGACCUUUCAAUGCUCCGUCAUAGCUUAGAAGAGGCACGGAAGCGCGAGAAGACGUUGCUCCAGCGCGAAGCCGACCAAAAGUCGUCCGUUCGCACCUCCAAGGCGCGGAUCGCUGAACUUGAAAGAGAACUGCACGAUACUAUGAUGAACAGAUACGAAACCCGCUCACCCUCCUCGUCUCCCUCCAACAAACUCCAUGAUGAGCUCCGGAGCUUACGGAAACAGCUGUCCGACGCACACCGUACGCUACGAGAAGUAAAAUCGAAGAACCGUGAUCUUGAGCGAGCGGCGAUGAGAGAAGAGGACCAGCGGGACCUUCACGAGCUGCUCAAAUCAUCCACGCUUGAGGCGGAAUCCCUAGCACUCAAGGUAUCGGAACGAGAUGCCCGGAUGAACGAGCUGAAGGCCCAAAUGCGCAGAAUCCGUGACGAGCGGUCAUUCUGUGCAAGGAAGGCAGAGGCAGCGCUCAAGGAGCUCGAAGCCCUUCAAGACCGGUAUGAUCAUCUCGUCGAGAAGAUGGGGGCCAGGACAGAGAACAGCAAAACCAGACACGAGAAGGAAAUUUUGGGUCUAGGCAAGGAAAUUAUCUGGCUUCGUGCGCGCAUGAAGCGCGAGGAGAAGUUCCGCCGUGACUUGGCUUGGAGUAAGGGCUUGAUGGAACUGGGCGAGCGUGUCCGGGUUGCUUGCAACGAAGCCGACCUCCGCAUGAUCUCCGACAUGGGCGUCAAGCCCCGUGAUCGCAACAAGCUCCGCACCCCCCAAGCGAAGCUCAAGACCGCAGUCUCCAUGGUCAAGGCCAUCGUUCGAAUGCAACGAAUGUCCCAAGACUGGAAGAAGACGAAGAAGCUUGGCGAGGGUCUCAAACGAGCAAAGAACGAGGUGCUGAAGAGGAGAGACGCUUCCCACAGCAAGAAUUGAUCACUUUCCCAUCUAGAGUCUUAUAUCGAGCCUCUUUCUCUUUUUUGCUCUCGGAGGCUCCUUCCGUUACCUUUCAAUGAUCUUGAAUUUCCUUUUUGGGUUUGUUGAGAAGAUUCCCCGGCGUGUUUGAUGGAUGUCUUUGGGCGUUUGUUCUAGGUUGGAUCAGAUGGUUUGUCCUCGGUACUGUACCUACUACUACACUGCGUGCCUACUUGCUUAGUUGAGCUAUGGGAGAAUGAUCCCUUACACACAUAUACGUUUAUUCUUAGUGUUGUGGUUUGGAUGGUUAGUUUGAAUGGUUGAUGAGAUAUGUCUGUGUCUAUGUUGGCGUUGGAGGGUUUCGUGUUGUUGGAUUGCUUGUAGUUUGGAAUCAACCUGGUUUUACGUCAUGAGUGUAU